UGCCCAAGGACCCCGGGGCCCCGAGGAGGCAGGAAGCCCCCAGGGGCUUGUUCCCGGAAGGCGGGCUGGAUGGUGAUGCGUUAAAGAGAGAUGCCCCUGAGGGGGGGCUAUGAUGGGGGGAACCCACACUCUGGAGCAGGGGAGGAGACAGUUUCCUUCCUGACUCCCUGAAUGUCUCCUCUGGGCUCUCAGCCACGUGGACUCCAUUGAGCCCAGAAAGAUGUUGACCUGUGUCUCUGGGGAUCAGAGCUCUUCAGGCAGCAGGAGCUGGCAUCCUUCCCAAAGCAUCUCCAGGGCCUGGUGACCCGUCCAUGGCGAGGACCCCAUGGGGACCUGCUGAUGGCCGGGCAGAGGAGGAAGCAGACCCUGAUGCGAGUCUCAGAUCGGGAAGGCCAUGCCCUGCUUGCCCACACCUGAAACGGGCGUCUCGGGAACACACUGGGACUGUCAUGGGAACGAAACCAGGUUCUCAUGAACAGGCAGUUCCCCUUCCUGAGGGGAUGCUGAUAUGAUGUGAAACCCCAGCCUCGGAGAGGACACACCCUGUGUGUCUGUCUGUCGGGAGGACACCCAGGUCUCCUCCAUCGUCACAGCCUGGACUGCAGGGAGGAGAUGCCAUGGCCACCACCCUCCCCGCCCUGCUCUGCCUCGGGCUGAGUGUGGGCCUGAGGACCCAGGUGCAGGCUGGGACCCAGCCUAAACCCACCAUCUGGGCUGAGCUGGGCUCUGUGGCCCCCUGGGGGAGCCCUGUGACCAUCUGGUGUCAGGGGACCCUGGGAGCCCUGGAGUUCCGUCUGAAUAAAGAGGGAAUCUCAGUCUCCUGGGACAGACAGAAACCCCUGGAGCCCGGGGACAAGGCCAAGUUCUCCAUCUCACUGAUGACCGAGCAGCACGCAGGGCGCUAUUGGUGCUACUAUCUCAGGGGAACUCGCUGGUCAGAGCUCAGUGACCGCCUGGAGCUGGUGGUGACAAGACCCUACGGCAAACCGUGCCUCUCAGCCCUGCCGAGUCCUGUGGUGACCUCGGGAGGGAACGUGACUCUCCAGUGUGGCUCCCACCACGGAUUUAACAGUUUCCUUCUGACCAAGGAAGGAGAAGACAAGUCCUCUCGGACCCUGGAUGGACAGUGGAGCCCCGACGGGCAGACCCAGGCCCUGUUCCCCGUGGGCCCCAUGAGCCCCGGACAUGGGUGGACAUUCAGAUGCUACGGUUUUAACAGGGACAUCCCCCAGGUGUGGUCAGCCCCCACCAACCCCCUGGAGCUCCUGGUCCCAGGGCUGUCUGGGAAGCCGUCCCUCCUGACCCCGCAGGGCCCUGUCGUCACCUCUGGACAGAACCUGACCCUUCAGUGUCGCUCUGACGCCGGCUACGCCAGAUUCGCUCUGUCCAAGGAGGGGGGCCGGGACCUCCCCCAGCGCCCUGCCCGGAGGGUCCGGGGGCUCUCUCAGGCCGACUUCCCCCUGGGCCCGGUGGGCACCAUCCACGGGGGCCAGUACAGAUGCUACGGUGGACACGGCCUCUCCUCCGAGUGGUCGGCCCCCAGCGACCCCCUGGAGCUCCUGGUGGCAGGAGAGUGGCCAGCGGGACUGCUCAGAGACAGACCCUCCCUCUCGGCGUGGCCGGGCCCCUCGGUGGCCCCGGGGGAGAACGUGACCCUGCUGUGUCAGUCGGGAAACAGGACGGACACUUUCCUUCUGUCCCAGGAGGGGGCAGCCCAUCGGCCCCUGCGUCUGCGCGCCCAGGACCAAGGCGGGCGGUUCCGGGCCGAGUUCUCCUUGAGUCCUGUGAGCUCGGCCCACGGGGGCACCUACAGGUGCUACCGCGCACUCAGCAGAGACCCGCACCUGCUGUCCCGGCCCAGCGAGCCCCUGGCGCUCCUGGUCUCAGACUACACGGUGCAGAAUCUCAUCCGGAUGGCCCUCGCGGCCUCGGCCCUGGUGCUGCUCGGGGUCCUGCUCUGCCAGGCUCGGCACGACCGCGGAGGAGCCCGAGACGCGGCCCGGAGCUGAGCACCGGAGGCCCCCGGCACCGUCCGGAGCGACCCAGCCCCCGACGCGAGCUUCCGGCUCCGGAAAGAGCCUCUGCCGCACGUGCUGAGUGCGCUGUCUGUGGAGACCCCGGGGGAGAGACGCGCCUGGGGGCGG